AUGUCUCAGGAAUCAAGAAUUCCCGACGUCUACGGUCCCGGCACCCAUACCGACCGCACCUUCACCCCCGUCCCAGAAGACACAAAGCGCAUCUUCCGCCUCAUCGCCUCUCAAACCCCCGGCUUCACCCAAGAUGAGGAAAUCCUCUCCAAAGUCAAGUUCGAGGGCGAGUCAUUCCCCGUGAUUCCCGGUCCCAUCAAGGCCGUCUCCGUCGCUGCAUCUCUACACGCCAUGGCUGGUGUCUUGGCCGAUGAGAUCCUUACUAUCCGUGGCGCCGAGAACAAAGAGCGACAAAUCACUGUCAACACAACACAAGCUGGUCUUUGGUUUGGCAACAUUGCUACUGCCUACGUCGGUAACAAGGAUGUCCUUUCGCUAGCUGGGUCUGGAGAACUCAACGAGCUUUUGCCAAACUGGGAGCAAGGCUGGGUUGACACACCGCUCAAGUACCGCACCACAGGUCUCUAUCCUACUUCUGACCCUGAAGUCUGGUACUCACUCCACGGCUCAAUGAAGGCUGAGCCCGUCCUCAAGUCUAUCGGCGUUGACCCCUCUGAGCCUAUCUCCACCAACGAGGAAGCCGCUGCACACAUUGCCAAGUCCACAAGCAAGCUCUCUCCCGAAAAACUUGAGCUCACAAACCUUCUCAAUGGCAACUGCGGUAGCAUCUGCUUCACUCCCAAGCAAUGGAACGAGAGUGAGAUGGGCAAGUCGCUCGCUGCUCACCCUCUCGUGAACGUCAAGUCUCAACACCAGGCUAUUCCCACACCACCUGUCGCCUUCCCUCCCCUCGACCCAUCCGACCAGCGCCCUCUUGCUGGUGUCAAGGUCGUCGAGAUGACCCGUGUCAUCGCCGGUCCUCAGAUCGGUGCUAUUCUAUCUUCCUUCGGCGCCGAUGUCAUUCGCGUUAACCCUCCUCAUCUUCCUGACAUCAACAUCAUGCAACUUACCCUCAACGCCGGCAAGCGCACCAUCGCCAUUGAUCUGCGCAAGCCCGAGGAAGCCGCCCUCAUCAAGUCUCUCAUCGCAGACGCGGAUGUCUUCAUCCAGGGCUUCCGUAUGAACAAGAUGCCCAAGUACGGUCUUGGCUUGAAUGAUAUUCUCAAGAUGGCUGGUGAGCGCGGUCGAGGUAUUGUUCAUGUUUCAGAGAAUUGCUACGGUCCUGAUGGAUACUACGCUGAGAGACCUGGCUGGCAGCAGAUUGCUGACGCAGCUGCUGGAUCGGCAUAUGUCACUGGCAAGUCCCUCAAGCUGCCCAACAACGAGGUUGUGCUUCCUUCUCUGCCUGUUAGCGACAUGACUACUGGUGCUCUCGGUGCUGUUGGCACUCUUCUUGCCCUUCGCGACCGUGCAACCAAGGGCGGAAGCUACGCUGUCCACGCCUCACUAGUCGCCGUCAACACCUACGCCCUCCGCCCCGACGUCGGCUUGUACUCCCCCGAGACCGUCGCUGAAUGCGCCGAGCGUUUCCAAUGGGCCGAGAUGCGCGGCUCGCACCACGUCCUGGAUCUCUUGAUCACAGUCUGGAAUGGCUGGAAACGAGUCUUGGGAGACAUUCUUGCGGAAGAUAGUGGAUUCUACCAGAGCUUCGAGAACAGUGCUUUUGAUGGCAAGAAGUUGAGUAUUCUCAAGCCUGUUGUGAGAUUGAGUGACGAGAAGAGCACACCUCGGUGGGCGACUCCCAGUGUGCCUUAUGCUUAUGAAAAGGCAGAGGGUGUCAAGUUUCAAUAG